AUGAGCCAAUCUGCAGCGCCCCCGCCGACUCGCCCGCUCGACUCGGCCGCAAUCGAAGUCAACGAUGAUCGAGUCGGGAGCUCCAGUCGCCAACGGUCAAGCGAGUCAGAAGAGACGACCUCUCAGCCCGUCGAGGUCGCAGACGACAUGUCGAGGAAGAGAGUAUUUGCGAUUUGGCUGUCGAUUAUUUUCGGUGUCAUGUGCACGUUUCUCGACGAGGGCAUCAUCUCCACUGCAAUACCGCGCAUCACGGAUGAGUUUCAGUCCUUGAGCGACAUUGGCUGGUACGGCUCGUCCUAUCUCUUGACCCUCUGUGCUUUCCAGCUCGUCUUCGGCCGACUGUACAGCGAGUUCAACGUCAACUUCAUCUAUCUCGUCUCGCUCGCGACUUUCCACAUUGGAUCUCUCACCUGCGCUCUCAGCCGUUCCUCUGCCAUGUUCAUCGCGGGCCGGGCCAUUGCAGGCUGCGGUGGCUCGGGCCUUUCAAGCGGCACGAUUGCGCUCUUUGCGGGAGCUUUGCCGCCCAAGGGCUUGCCCAUGUACAUUGGCGCACUGGGCAUCGUGUACGGCAUUGCCGCCGUCUUCGGCCCGGUGGUCGGAGGCUUGAUCACAAACAGCUACCUGAGCUGGAGAUGGUGUUUCUAUAUCAAUCUCCCACUCGCAGCGCCCCCUGCAAUUGCCACACUCUUCUUCGUCAGGGUCAGGACGCCGCCGACAAAGCACGAGACCAAGCCUGCAUGGACAAAGGCGCUGCUCGGGAUCGACUACCUCGGCAUGGUUCUCUUGGUACCGAGCAUCACGUCGUUGAUCUUGGCUCUCGAGUUUGGCGGCGCCCACUACGGAUGGGGCGACAACCGCACGAUAGGCUGCUUUGCUGCCGCCGGUGUGCUUCUGGUGUUAUUUGCAAUCGAGCAAUGGUGGAUGGGCGAGAAGGCUCUCGUACCACCGCGUAUCAUCAGGAUGCGGGCUGUCCUGUUUGCCUCCAUCUUCACCUUUGGUCUCGAGAGUGCCUUUCUCAUCCUGGUUUACUACAUUCCGCUAUGGUUCCAGGCCGUCCAGGGCGUGUCCGCCGAGCAGUCGGGCGUACGCUAUCUCCCCCUUUGCAUUGCGUUCAUUGCCGCCAUCUUCAGCAGCGGCUGGAUCGUCACCAAGUCGGGCUACGUCCAGCCGUUCAUGCUGGCGGGAACUGUCCUCGUGUCCGUCGGGUCCGGGUUAAUGUCUACCCUCCAAGCCUCAUCAGGUCCCAAUAGAUGGAUCCCUUUCCAAGUCAUAGCCGGCCUCGGCAUCGGGGCCUCAACCGAGCAGCCGUGCGUAGCAGUGCAAAGCUUUCUCGAAGAGGCAGACGCCCCGAUCGGUGUCGCCGUCGUCUUAUUUUGCCGGAACCUGGGUCCCUCCGUCUUCGUCAGUGUCGCAAACUCUGUUUUCGCUCGUACUCUGGCGACCGAAAUCGGCAGGCUGCUUCCCGGCGUCGAUCCGAAGCUCAUCACGGGGUCUGGCGCCACGGCUGUGCGUGAUCUUGUGGCCCCGGCGGAUCUCGACACCGUAAUAUACGUGUACAACAAGGCGGUGACUCGGACUUUUGUGGUUGCUGCUGCUUUAGCUGCCGCCAGCGUCUUUGGGCUGGCCGGAAUGGGAACGCGAAGGAUACAGGUGGAUUCGAAUGCUGCCCCCUACCAAGAUGCGGACAAUCCGAGCAUGGCCGAGACAAAGAAUCAGAUUUAA